ACAGGAGCAUCAGUGUCGUUUCUUUUUUUAAUUCAUAUUUAUUUUUUUAAGUGGUUUAUUUAAUUAUUUAUUUAAUUGUUCAAAGCUUUUACCAUUAAGUUUACAUACAAAAAUUGCAUUGAACGUAUACAUUUUAAACUAAAUCGAAAAAGAUCAAACUUAACUUUAUUUAUUGCUAUUGUGUCGAGUAUCGCUAGAUACGAAACUUCUAUUAACACAGAACUUUUGCUAUCGCUAGAAAACCUUCUACCGUUAAAAGGGUAACUCGACCAUUACUUGACCAUCAUGAAUAGCAACAACCACUACUAUGGACAGCAGCAGCCCCGGACGAUUCCGGAUUUGGUGGCCAGUUUGGCUUCCGAGAAUGCCAAACAGCAUUCUCAGCAUCAUCCCCGGUACUACAACAACAAUCUCAGUCAAGGCGGAGGAGGUGGAGGGUACAACAAUAUGAAACAUUACAAUAACUAUCAGAUGUAUGGCAACUUUUACCAGAAGCAGCGUCAUGCACCGUAUCAGAAUCGCUCAAAUCAGCAGCACCCGAACGCGCUGAAUCAGAGCAACCAUUUCUUCUCUGGGCCAACAAAUGUCAGCUUCAGUAGCUCCUCUAAUGGUGGAAAUAGUGGAGCAGCUAACAAGUCGCUGAAUUCUUCGCUGAACAGUACCACGGGAUCAGAUUCAGGCAAAAAUUCAACCUUUUACAGCAGCAGCAACAGUUCUUCUAGCAGCGGAUCGACGAAUAAUCUCAGCCAAGGUGUUGCUAACUCUAGCAACACAAGCCAGUGCAGCAACUCGAGCACAACUUCCGCCUCAGGUGGAGGAAACACAAGCGGCACCGGAAGUCUGCUCAACUGCUCCUACGGCAACAGUAUCCAUCCUACUAUGGAUCAAAAGGACAUGGUUGUGCUACAGAUCAGCAACCUGGACCCGUCGAUCGAUGAACACAAAAUGCAUCAGUAUUUGCUGUGCCAACUCAAGUCGAUCACCCCGGUGAUUUCGUUAACCAUUGAAAGUCCUUCGCUGGCGAAGGUAAAGGUGCCAUCAACACAGUUCGCCAAACUAGUGGUAGCAAAUCUGCACCGAAAAAAGAUCGGCCAUAAACGCAUGGUUGUCUCCUACAUCAAGGACCCUUCAUCGGCAGAAUCCUCGGCCCUACGUUGCCAGGUGGCUGGUCUCCUCAAAGAUGUCCCCUACUAUCGGCUGCCGAUAAAUAAAUUUCGCGAACUGUUCCAAUCUCGCUUCAAGUCAUCGAUCAGCGUGCUCGAUCUGUACCGCAUGCCGGAUGUUUGCACCAUUACGGUCGACAAAAAUGACGAGAAGCUCAUCUGCCUGCAACCGGAUGUGAUUAACUCGCUGCAAAACAAUCCACUGGUUGAAUCAUCUCAGCACAGCGUGCCGUAUUGCAUAUAUCACUUCAAGCAGGAGAAGGAAAAGGGCUGGGCCGAGCAGGAAAUCGAACCACUUCCGAAUGUGAUGAUGAGUAUCAGCCAGCUCCAGUCCGUGAUAUAUUCGCUGCUAAAAACGCACAAAGAUGACAUUCCGGUGGCAAGUAUCCUGUAUUGCGUCGAAAACGAACUGCAGAUGAAAAUACUUCCGAACGAGCAGGGAGUUCCGCUAGAGCAUCUGCUGUGCUGCAUCCGGGGUGUACAGAUCACGAAUAACAACUUCGGGAUCAAAGUGCUCACUUGGCUGGAUCACGAACUGAACUCGACCAAGGAUAAUGAUGAUGCAUCUUCUGUGAACAUGCGCUACAUGCCGAAAGGAUCGAACAACGACUUCCUGCAACAGAUUUCCCGAGAAGUUGUGGAGCUGAUUAAGAUGUCCCCCAAAUCGACCAUGAAGUUCACCCGGUUCAUCCCGGCUUACCAUAAUCAUUUCGGGAAGCAGUGCCGCGUUGCAGAUUACGGCUACACUAGGUUGAUCGAGCUUUUCGAAGCACUGGCGCCGGUAGUUCAGGUCAUGGGAGAUGGCGAAAAUCGGCACAUCACCCUGACGCAUCGAACCCAAAUUCGACGCUUCACGAGUGAUUUGCUGAAGGUCCUGAGAGGACAGUCCAACAAGUCCAUACUAUUGUCCCAGCUGCCAUUCAUAUUUUCCCAGGCUCAGAACCGAAUGUUCGAUGUAACCGACUAUGGAGUCUGUGACAUUUUCGACAUCAUCGACGGUUUGGUGUACAACAACUCGAUCGUAACGAAAGUUUUCAACGAAACAGAUGUGUUAAUCUCGAUUGUGAAACGGAAGCAAACUUCUUCGGAGCAGGAGAAGACGUGCAUCUUUGCUGGGGAAGUGGUAGAACUUUUCAAAAAUGCUCCACAGUAUUCGAUACUGUUUAAAAAGUUUGUCCGGUCCUACCAUUACCAUUUCGGGUACCAAUGCCGGCUUAGUGAUUACGGGCUGAUGAAGCUAGCGGAUCUAUUAGAAGCAAUAUCCGGCGUGGUUGAGAUGGAACAAACAAACGAUGAAGAUCGCAAGAUCUUCCUGAAUCACAAGGUAGCGAUGAGGAUUUUUUCCGAACAGGUUCAGGAAAUUAUUAAACACUUUACCGGCAACAGUGUAUCGAUGAUUCGGUUAAGCGAGCUCCUGAACUACCACAAAAGCAAGUACGGAUAUCAACUGCAGCCAUGCUGCCUCGGAUUUGGCAGCAUGAUCGAUGCUGUCAAGGCCCUUCCGUACAUGGAACUUUUCGAGUCUGGUAAUGACUAUAUUGUCGUUUCGCAUCUGAAAGAUCCGAUCUAUCGGAUGCGUGCCUAUGCUGCCUGUUUGUGCAUUAUGGACUCACGUAGUGAUCGUAUGCCAAUCGUUGACUUUCUUCGGGCAUACCAGGCCAAGUUUCAGGAAAGGUUGAGCGAAAAGCAAAUUUUCGAUAUGAAGCAUGCCAUAAUGAUUGAGUUGGAUAAGACAGGACAAACUGCGAAACUGACACCGCUGAUGAAAUUCAUCAUGCGAAUCAUUAAGGUGCUGAAACAGCGGAGUCCAAUCAAUCUUUUCGACUUGAAGCAUGCUCUCAAUAUGUCGCUCAACACGUGUUUCGAGUUUGGUUAUCCGAACAUUUCGUCCUUUAUCGCGGCGUUUCCGGAUAUUUUUAUCAGCAACAAUUUUCCCCACGAACGAGCUGACAUUGAGUUGAACCGUGACUGUAUUUUGAGUAAAGCGUGCUUUUCCGGCGAGGAAAAGUCAACCGGCAAGUUGCCAAAAGUGGAGGAAACGAUGACCGCAAAUGGCACUAACAACCCUACGCCCACCUCCAACGCUGCUGCUGGUUCUGGCUCUAGCUCCAAAAUAAUGGCUGACGAAAAUAAACUCACCCACGUUUCGAUGACUAAUGAUUUUAGAAAUUUGUUCUACAGUCACCAGGAAGCAAUUGCUCAGCAGCAGCAACAACAACAGCAACAACAACAGCAACAAUUGAUGCUACAGCAACUGUCCAAGCCACUUCAACCGUUGCAGACGUCCCAGCAAAUGAACGUUCCGGUUUCAUCCUCUGCGGUUCCAUUCAUGGCCAACAAUCGUUUUGGCGGUGUUUCGGCAACGCUCCUGGAAGCUGGCAACAGUUACAAUUUGACCAACAUUCCACCAUCAGCUACUGGGUCCCUGGCGGCCACUGAUAUGAUGACCAACCAUAAUCAAGCGAUGGUUAUGAAUCCUCAUGAUAAGGAGAAUCUGUACCAAGGCGCCUAUGGCCGGAUGCUCCUCCAGCAGGCCCAAUUGCUGCAACAACAGCAGCAACAACAGUUGGCCAACAGCUGCCAACAGACCACAAAAUUUGCAACAGCCCUGAAUAUGUGCUCCAUAUCUGCGGCUGCAGCGGCAGCUGUUAGUGAAGCCUUCAGCUCGACCAUGGUCCAAGGGGUUUCGUCCGAUGGCCCACCCUCGAUGUCAUCGUCAUCGUUGACUGCAACCCCACCCAACUUCCCACCGACGGCGGUGACAUCCUCCGGAAACGAUGGUUCACAGAAUCCGAUGGCGAAACUUUUUGAACGCAGACAGCAGCAGCCACCCUCAACGACUUCGUCCUCUGCGAUCACAGCCGGGUUACAAUAUCUCAAUUGUAACAAUUUCGGAUACGGACUUCUGUCGGAGUUCUACGAGCCACCCAAACCGGAUACGCCACCGUCCAGGAACGUUCCCUAUUGGAUUGAUCCGAUUUGGUCCAGCAGCGAUCCGACCUCAAUCGAAAAGGAACCUUCCCUGUCGGCAGCAAACGAUCAGCUCCUCAACAUUCCGCUGCCAGAAUUAAAGACAUACAACAAGCUGCCGAUCAUUCUGACCCCGUAUAUCCUUUCGCUGGGCAAGAAUUCCUGCUUCAAUUUUGAUGUCGAUAAAUCUAAGCAGAUUUAGAUUGUCCUUCGGGAGUCGGUUUAAAGUCCUUUCUCUAGGAAAACUUGAAGAAAGGACAAACAGCAACGAAGAGGACCGCGAGAAGCAGACGAGCACAGGACAUUUCUUCAUCAAAGGCUCAUCAAAAGAAAGUUGAUCCUUGGGAAAAAAAAACAUCGAGGGAAAACUUAUUGUCCUACCAUAGGGAACAAAAACGGAUCGAUCUCGUAAUAUCUUGAUCACGUUUUUGUCACCACUCAUGUUGUUGACCGUUGAAUUUGUAUGACUCUUGUGUUUUCCUCUCUGUUCUUUAUUAUUACCUUUUCCAUAUUACCCAAAUUCCCCCUAUUUUUAAUGACACGUUGAACGUUGUUGGAAAUUUAUUACGAUGAUAAUGUGUAGCACAGUAAGUAGGAGUUUAAAAUUGUAUUCUCUCGUGUAAAGUAGAGUGUUAUGAUAUGAUGAUAUUGUUAUGAUUAUUACUGAAAUUCAUAGCUUUAGAAGAGAGUAAGGGAGAAGGAUUGAAACUUUAGAAUAAUUAAUUAGAAUCGAUACGUGGAAACAUAUAGGGCAAGAUUUUCUGAAGCAAAGAAAAAAAUCUAGCUCAGGGCAAACGUUGUGGCGAGAUUGUUUUGGCCGUUAAAAAGUCCAACAUCACUAGUAUGUAAUUUGGAUAAUAAUGAGCAACAUUAUUUCCACUGGGCCAAAAACCUCACCCGUUUGAUCCCUCAAUACCACAAAGCAAAGGACACAUCGGUGUUGCAAGGAAAUGUGAACAUAGAAACAAAUUGUGUACUUUUGUGAGUGUAUCAAGUAUCGUAUAGCUCUAGGAAAGUGCGACAAGCACUGAUUUUUAACGUUUUAAGUAUUAAGUUGUUAUCGAAGGUUACAUGUUGUGGUGAAUUAUUCGGGAAAAUUUGGCCACAUUUUAUACGUAUUACGUGUUUUAGAAGAUUGCAUAACUGUUUUUCAAUGAUAAGGUUUAGGUUUUCCCGCAGAAAAUUCUUCGAUUGUUGUGUAGCUUUCGCGUAUAGUGAUGAUAAUAGAAUGAAAAUGGAUACAGAAUUAUGAUUUAGGAAA